UCUGUUGGAGCUGCUGAGAACCACAAACCACAUUCCUGCAGUCAUGCGGCUGAACUGAUCUGAGUCACACGCUACCAGAGAAAGAGAGAAGUAGAAUAGAAACUAUGUGGAGACUUGUUAGACUGUGAAAGUACACACAGAAUGCAGGCACUGCAUGUUCUUCAAGGCAACUUCGUGUGGAAAUACUGAUUGGAAAUAAAUAUUACAGGAGCGCUGGUAUGGAAAAACAAACAUCACAACUUUUCUAAGGGGAUGGACCUUCAGCUCAACUGCAGGAUCAGUGGACGCCAGGAAUAAUGGAGGAUAAAAAUGGAGUUUGUCAUGUGAUGGAAGAGAAUGAGGUGGAUUUUCAGACCAGACAAAACAAACCCCAGGAAAACAACUACGACAGACCCAGAUGGUUAAAUGGUCAGUGUGUUCUGUCUGUGCCAACCUCUUCAGUAUUAAACCCCAGCUUUGAUCUGACACUGUGCCGGGCCAAGCUGGAGAGGGAUGGAUUCCAGCAGAUUCCAGUCACAGACAUGGAGGAUCCACUGAGAACAGCUCUGGACGUUCCCUCAGUCAGGAGAUACAUGGUCUUCAACUCAGCCCUCUUCCAUCUCAUAAUGGCACCGGUGCUCUACAUGGUGUUAUGGUGCGCCGUCUUCUCCACCCUUCACCUCUAUAUCCCAGUGAGCGACUACUGGGUCCUCUGUCUCUCUGUCAGCCUCGUCGCCAUCUUCCUCACCAGUGCCAUCAUCUACAUUCUUCACCAUAGUAACAAAGAGAUCACCAUGAAUUUAGAUGUUCGGCUGAUCCAAGUGAAUGAGCUGAUGGUGAAACAUAAGCUGCUGGUGGCUGUGGCUGACUGGGUGCAGAACUGCACAGGAAACAUGCAGCUGUUCUUUGUUUACUGGGACAUAUCUCACUGUCUGAGGACGCUGUCUGAAACUUUAGAGGAGCGAAGCUUUGUGGUAAAUGACACCCAGAACAAACUGAAGAAGAAGAUGUCUCAUCUGGUGCUUGUGACCGAGGUCACAGAUGCCGACUCUGAAGCCGGAGGGUCAGAUGUGGAACACAGUUCAGAUGAACACAGGCCUCUGCUAAGAAAUGAGGACACAGAAUGCAGUACCGCAUCCAGCCAGCGGGAGGCCAACAAAGUCACCACCAGCUACAGCCUCAUUCCUAAUGCAUCACUACCUGCUCAGGCUAAAGCCUACCAGCUGCUGGUGACCUACAGUUCAGCCUACGUGAAGCUGCUGGUUUCUGAGCAGCUGCUAGGACUGCCAAACCAUCGCGUCCACCCACAGAGGAACCACUGCCCCAUGGCUUCACUCUGUCUGUGCCAGUACAUCCAAACCAAGGUCCUUCUGUAGCAGCAUCCAACCAAGACACCUGCAGACUGUAUUAUGUCCAGGGAAAGUGUUUCUCCUCAGCAUAGGAACAAAAACUACACUCAGGAACACUUUCCACAAAGAAACUGCUGAAAGUAGGAAGUCCUGACAUGGAGCUUCACAUUCUGCUGCAACAUUAC